AUGCAAAAUGCCGUAAAGCAUGGGAGUAGUUUUUUGACAGAGGAUGGUGGAAUCACAAGUAUUUUGUCAAGGUUCAUGGAAAAUAUUGAGGAGGAAGAUGAGUUUAUAUCUGCUUGGGAUGCUAUGCUUGAUCAAUAUGGUGCGCGUGACAAUACUUGGCUGAGUAGCAUAUAUGAUUUAAGAGAAAAGUGGGGCUUUCCAUAUGUUAAGCGAGCAUGGUCAGCUGGAAUAAGAAGCACUCAACUAAGUGAGAGUUUUAACUCUGCCUUGAAAAAAUAUUUAGACUCUGACCACAAUCUGUCAGAGUUUUUUACACACUAUGAGAGGUUGGUUGCUGAUAAAAGGUACAAGGAGUUACAAGCAGAAUAUGAUAUGUGCUUCAGGUUGCCUAUUCUGAAAAUGCAUGUCAAAAUGCUAUAUGAAGCAAGAAAAGUUUACACUAAACUAAUAUUUGAAGAGUUUCAAGAUCAAUUUGAAUCGUCUCUUGAAGCUUCUAUAACAGAUUGUGUUGAUGUUGAUGGUGGAAAGAUAUAUACUGUGAUUAGAGAUGGCUACUCUAGAGAACGGCAAGUGAAAAGAGAUAGUGAUGAUAUUCUCUCUUGUAGUUGCAGAUUAUUUGAGAUGAAAGGGGUUGUAUGUAGGCACAUUAUCAAGGUCCUUAGAGAAGUGAUGCAAGUCAAAGAAAUUCCUGAGCAUUAUAUCUUAAAAAGAUGGACCAAAAAAGCUCGGGCUGAAAGUGUUCAAGACAUGCAUGGGCGUGAAAUUCAACCCGACCCUAAGUUGCAACAAGCCUCUUGGUACAGAUCUUUAUGUUCCACCUACAUUAGAAUAUCAAGCAGGGCUUCUGAAAAUGAAAAAGCAUACAAAUUAGUCAUGACAAAUGCAGAGAAGUUAGCAAAAGAAGUUGAAGAAUUGCUACGAUCUGAAAUGAAUGCUAAUGUGGAUGAGAAUGGUCAUACAACUCAAUCCACUCCUACUGGACAACUCAAUGUAGAUGGUAAUGUGGUGAAUGCAAAAGGGCUAAAGAAGAAGGAAACAUCUAAAGGAAGAAAACGGAGAAUCAAGAGUCAAGUUACUCCUGAUCAAAUGAAUGAUGUAUACAAGGUGACUUUUGAUCCAAGAUGUAAUGAAGAGAAUGCUACUCUUGAUCUAACAAACAAUGCAGAGAAUGAUGCUUCUGUUAUAACAAGUAAUGCAGAUCAAUUUUUGGAACAAGACUUUUGUGCAUCUUCACUUAGUCAGAUAUUGAGAAGUAUUGCUUUGGUUCUCUUCUCAGCAAUUUCUGGUAUACAUAUAGUUCUAUUGAACAAUUGA